AUGAUUGACCCAGCAACUAUAUCACUCGUGAUUGUUGCUGUUUGUUUUGGACCUUAUGGCUGGAUCAAUGCAACACCCUCGAGUGCCAUUGUUGAUUCAUUGAAUCAAGUGUCUUUGGAUUUUUUCAAGGUUGCAUUGAAAAAUGAACCAGAUAAUUUUGUCUUUUUACCAUUAGGCAUCUCACAACUUUUAGCAAUGACUGCUUUUGGAGCAGGUGGUGAAACACGAUCAGAAUUACAAAAAUUUUUACAUAUGGAAAAUCUGACAGAUAACUUGAACAAUUAUACUUCAGAUUUUAUGACGAAAUUGGACAGUGUAUUAAAUUUACAAAGCAUGAUAUUCAUUAAUCAAAAUAUCAAAUUGAAAUCAAACUUUAAAAACUCAAAUGUCAAUCAAAUAAACUUUGAAAAUAGUCGAGAUGCAACUUCCAUUAUUAAAUGGUUUAUUUAUCAGAAAACUAAACGUGAUAUGGAUUUGUUUAAACCUGAUGAUAUUAAAAAAAACGAUAGUAUAUUUCUCAUAAACGUUAAUCAUUUUGAAGCAGAAUGGCAAAAUAGAUUUAGACCAGAAUAUACAUCAUCAAAAUUAUUUUAUCUAAAUAAUACAUCAAAAAUUCAUGUACCAACUAUGAAAUUAUGGGACUGGUUUUUAAUAGUAAAAAAUAAAGAUUUAGAUGCUCGAAUAAUUCAACUUUUUUAUAGAAUAAAUGACGACUAUGAACAAGUAUCUAUGUUUAUUAUUAUUCCAAAUAAAAUUGAAGGAUUAAAACACAUUGAAGAUAAUAUUGAUAAAAUAAAUUUCACAACUUUAAUUGAUCCUGGUUAUGAUAAUCAACUAACAGAAAUUCAGUUGCUGUUACCAAAAUUCAAACUUGAUACAAAAAUUGAUUAUAAAAAACACUUGGAAAAGAUGGGUGUAAAUGAUGCAUUUACAACUAAUGCUAAUUUUAGUGGUAUUAGUCAAGAUAAAAAUUUAAUCAUUGAUAAAAUUAUACAAAAAACAACUAUUGAGGUUGAUGAAAAUGGCUCUGGUUAUGGAUCUCAUAGUGUCAAAGUAAAUCGUCCUUUUCUUGUUGUUAUUACAACUAGAAAUUUUAUUGUUUUUACUGGUCGUGUUAGCAAACCAUAA